AAAAACCUCCCGUGUGUGUCGGUAUAGACACGAGACACACGUGCGUGUGGUGUAGUGCUGGAGUCGAGACGAUCGCGUCACGUCACGCUGUUUGAUGGAGUUCCUAUAUGACGGAUUGGGUUAAAGUUCUGCUGGAUGAGAUGAUACUGGACUCGGCACUUCUCUCUGUUCUCUCAUCUCUCUUUCUUCUCUUGAGUCAGGCAGAGGUGCAGUGGUCUUGCUCACAGCAUGAGAGAUGUCAGAUGUUGUGCUCUUGCAAGUGUCACCCACCUCCACCACCUCCUCCUCCACCACCACCACGCAUGUUACUCACUGUGGAUCCAGGGAUUUCUGUUCCUCUGUUGAGGUCUUGGUGGAUGGACGUUAUUGUGCUUGGGACUGUAGGAAGUGCUUUGGCUUUCUUUCUUUUGUUCUCUAUCAUAAUCUGCUACAAAGCCAUUAAAAGUUCCACCGCGGACCCCCUAUGGGCCGUGGACCCCGAGUUGAAGACCCCUGUUAUAAACCGUUCCAGCAGUGACAUGUAUCUGAAGUUAGUGAGACUACUGAUCAAGACCUUCACGCAUUUCAGCAUGCCUAGCUGA